AUGCGACGUCCCACCGUCAUCUUCAUCAUCAUAAUCCUCGCCCUGCUCCUCUUCGCCCUCCACAGUGUCUCCACCUUGCUCUCCCUGCUCAUCGAAGACGCCUCCGCAGACGCCAUCCCUCGCAGUGAACUUCCCGCGAUCGACGACUCCUCCCACCCUGCGCAACGCCCAGAAAUAAUCCCCCGGAUAAUACACCAGACCUACAUCAACGAGUCAAUUCCCGCGCGCUGGCAGGCCGCGCAGAAGUCCUGUAUCGACCUACACACGCCUGACUACGAAUACAUCCUGUGGACCGACGCCAAAUCGCACGACUUCAUUGCCAAAGAAUACGACUGGUUCCUCCCCACCUUCGAAGGCUACAAGCAUCCCAUCCAGCGUGCCGACGCCAUUCGCUACUUUGUGCUCGCGCACUAUGGCGGCGUGUACAUCGACCUGGACGACGGCUGCGAGCGCCGGCUGGACCCGCUGCUCGUGUACCCGGCCUUCGUGCGCCGCACCAUCCCCACGGGCAUCAGCAACGACGUCAUGGGCGCCGUGCCGCAACACCCCUUCUUCGUGCGCGUGACCGAGAGCCUGGAGGGCGCGAACCGCGCCUGGGUCCUGCCGUACGUUACCAUCAUGGCCAGCACGGGCCCGCUGUUCCUCAGCGUCAUGUGGAAGAAGUGGAUGGGCGAGCACGCGGCGCUGGAGGACGAGGGGGAGGAUUGGCCUGGCCGCGUCAGGGUGCUGAUGCCGGACGAGUACGACAAUCACGCGUGGAGUUUCUUCAAAACCUACAAGGGCGACAGCUGGCACGGCAGUGACGCCAAGCUUAUCUUCUGGAUGGGCAAGAAUUGGAUGCUCUUGACGGCCGCGGGCUUCAUGCUCGCUGGUGUCGUGGGCGUUGCGGCUUGGUGGGUUUAUACGCGCCUGUUCGGCAUGGGCAAGCGCAAGGGCCGCAACAAGUCCCCCUCGAGGUUUUCCUGGUCGCCCAUCGCCCAGCGGUUGCCGCUCUGGAGAAGGGUUAUGGGCGGUGGCGGCGGCAAAGGCGAUUAUGAGCUGGUCGAGCAGCACGAUGCGUAA